AUGCUCCCCUCCUACCUUUUUGCGACUCUCCCACUGGUAGCCAAUGCGGCUGCCCUCACCUACCAUGGAGCGGACAUCUCGUCCGUCUUCCUCGAGGAGAAGGCUGGUGUUGCCUACAAGAACCUGGACGGAAAGACCCAGCCUCUGGAGACCAUUCUUACUGACAAUGGUGUCAACUCUAUUCGUCAGCGUGUGUGGGUGAAGAAUGGAGAUUAUGACCUGAUAUACAAUAUCAACCUUGCGAAGCGAGUCGCCGCGACUGGCGCGAGUAUCUACCUGGAUCUCCAUUACAGUGAUGACUGGGCGGAUCCCAAGCAUCAGACCACCCCCGGAGGCUGGUCUACCGAUGACAUCAACAAACUGUCCGAUCAGAUCUACCAAUAUACACUAAGUGUUUGCAACGAAUUCGCGGCGGCAAAGCUCAGCGUGGAGCUCGUGUCGAUCGGCAACGAAAUCACCUCCGGAUUCCUCUGGCCUCUAGGCAAGACCCCCAACUACGACAACAUUGCCCGUCUGCUGCACUCGGGUGCCUGGGGUGUGAAGGAUUCCAAGCUGGCGAAGAAGCCCAAGAUCCUGAUCCAUCUCGAUAACGGCUGGGACUGGGAACAACAGAAAUACUUCUAUGACACCACCCUCGCGACCGGCAUCCUCAAGUCCGAAGAUUUCGAUGUGAUCGGUCUGUCCUACUACCCCUUCUAUAACGAGAAGGCCACUCUUGCCUCGCUGAAGACCAGCGUGUUGAACAUCCAGAAGACAUACAACAAGGAGGUGAUCGUGGUCGAGACCAACUGGCCCGUUAAGUGCUCUAGCCCGGAAUUCCCGUUCCCCUCGGACCUAAAGGACAUUCCUUUCUCAGAGGAAGGCCAGGUGACGUUCCUGCAGAGGUUGUCGGAGACACUUACUGCUAGUAAGGGCACCGGUUACUUCUACUGGGAACCUGCCUGGACCAAGAAUGCGGGAUUGGGGUCGAGCUGUGAGGACAACCUGUUGGUGGAUUACAACACCAACCAGAUUCGCAGCAGUGUGAAGGCCUUCGGGCAGUAAGAAGUUGCCCUUUUUCUUUUUUUUUCUUUUUCUUUUCUUUUUUUUUUCGCAACUGUACCACAGCUUUCGAUG